CUCUGCUAGCAAACCAUCCAGGUUUCCUCUUUGGCACAACACAAGGCAACAACAACUAGCUAGAGCUACUCAAAGGCUCCAUCACAUUUCAAAGUCCUCUUCAAACUUCAAAGCAAAUCAGGCUUAGAGAUCUGUGCACGUACACACAUAACCGAUUAGAAGAACUUAUUUAAAAGGCAGAUGGAUCGCGUGAUGAAGCUGGCGUCGGAGAGAGCGGUGGUGAUCUUCACCCUGAGCUCCUGCUGCAUGUGCCACACCGUGGCGCGGCUCUUCUGCGACCUAGGUGUCAACGCACUGGUGCACGAGCUCGACCAAGACCCCAGGGGAAAGGAGAUGGAGAGAGCUCUCCUCAAGAUGCUCGGGAAAGGCCCGUCUGUUCCGGUGGUGUUCAUCGGCGGGAAGCUUGUCGGCGGGACAAACAGGGUCAUGUCCAUGCAUCUCAGCGGCGAGCUGGUCCCAAUGCUGAGGAAUGCAGGUGCCCUCUGGCUAUAGAGGAAUGCAGGCGCCACUUGGGAAAAUAAAAUUUUGUCAAAGAGUGUGAAGUAUGUAUAUGCAUUUUCUUAGAAUAACGUAACUAAAGGCCUAGUUAGCGUCGAUCGAACAGGUUUUUUCAAUCCUGUUCCGGCAAUAGCAAGGCUUAUAGCUCGCUAUGAGCGAGUUUUACGUACGGGUGAUGUUCGUGUUGUAAUCCCAGUGCUAUUUGUGCACUCAGAUGUACAAUCAUCGUUUUUCAAAGAGCUAGUUGAUAAAUAUAAACAGUU